CUCUUCUAGUUUUUUGUCCUUACAACAAAAACAGCAUUAUUAUGGUGAAAGAAACUUUCAUUUCAAUAUUACCAAAAGGAAAAUAGAAAACAAAGAAGGAGAAAGCUCUGUGGAAGAGUACUAGUAGGAGAUGAUCACACAAAAGUUCUUCAAUGGAUCGAAACUGAUCCCAUUACUCUCCAUCUCCUUCACCUACAUGUGCCUGAUCGUGCCGGUCGUCCCAGGCAGCAUUCUCCGGUUCCGGUCGGGCUCUCCGAGCUUCAACAUCGCUCUCUUUGCAGACCUGCAUUUUGGGGAGGAUGCUUGGACUGAUUGGGGUCCUCUUCAAGAUGCCAAUUCCUCUCGUCUCAUUUCCACUGUCCUCUCCUAUGAGAACCCAGAUUUGGUAGUAUAUCUUGGAGAUGUGAUAACAGCAAACAACAUACCAAUAUCAAAUGCAAGUUUGUACUGGGAUCAGGCAAUCUCUCCAACAAAAGCCAAAGGCAUUCCAUGGGCCACUGUGUUUGGCAAUCACGACGACGCCCCGUUUUCAUGGCCGAUCGACUGGUUUUCUUCCAUCGGAAUUCCUCCACGCCGUUGUCGGGACGAUGUUACAUCAUGUUCAGGAUCAAAAGAAGAUGAAGAAUGUGAGUUUAGAGGUACACAACGUUUGGAGUUGAUGAAAAAAGAAAUAGAGAAUAGCAAGUUAUCACAAUCUAGAAAUGGUCCAAAGAAUCUGUGGCCAAGUGUAUCCAACUAUUACAUUCAAAUCACUCCAUCAUCACAACAAGAUUUGGAACCACCACCAGUUAUAAUGAAUAUGUAUUUCUUAGACUCUGGCGGUGGUUCUUAUCCACAAGUCAUUUCCAGUGCUCAAGUAGAAUGGCUACGCCAAACAACACAACACCUCAAUCCUCAUUUUAGGGUACCAGAGAUUGUAUUUUGGCACAUACCAAGUGGAGCAUAUGAGGAUGUAGCUCCAUUAUCUAAUCAUUCCAUACAAAAGCCUUGCGUUGGUUCAAUUAACAUGGAGAAAGUUGCUGCUCAACAAGCUGAUUUUGGCAUCAUGAGUCUACUUGAGCAAAGACCUUCUGUCAAGGCAGUGUUUGUAGGACAUAACCAUGGAUUGGAUUGGUGCUGCCCUCACAAGACUAAACUUUGGCUAUGCUUUGCAAGACAUAGUGGGUAUGGUGGCUAUGGGGACUGGCCAAGAGGAGCUAGGAUCAUCCAAAUCACACACCAACCAUUUUCUCUCAAAUCUUGGAUUAGGAUGGAGGAUGGUCAAUUGCAUAGUGAAAUCAUCUUGAGUACUCCAUAGAUUUUCCUCUCCCAUACACUUCAGUGUGCGAAGAAUGACUUUGGACGUGUUUUAAUUUGUUGGGUAAGGAUGUGUUUUGAUGUUCACAUAUAUAUUACUCUCCAACUUUUUCAUGUACUUAAAGAUAUUCAUAUAUAUUCCUCCAAAAGUUGCUAUAUUA